GCGAGGCUACACGGGCAGUAUGGCGGAGGAGGGCAGUGUGUACGAGGGGCUCGACAAACAAAUGCAGACUUUGUUGAGCCUUUACUCGAGUGAUGACUUGCGAGCCGAUAGCAAACCGUUCUGCUCCGACUUUUCCAAGUUGGUGGAGGAGCAUGCCUCCCACUGGCAGGUGCCGCUGCCUCAGCUCAGGAUCCUUGAGUUAUCUCUCUGCUACUUCGCCCGAGCCUCUACCUUCUUCACGUCAAAUUGUGAUCACGUGCUCCACACACUCAGUAGUCUGGCCUUGAGUGUUUUUGAGCUGCUGCUGUUUUUUGACCAGAAGGACUUCCAUGAGGAGCCACUGAAACAAUUCACAGUUACAUUCCAGGAAUGUUAUUCGGCCCUUGCGAGGCAUCAGAAUGUUCACUUACUUCAGGUGGAGCGUUUGGUUCGGGGCGGUGGGCCUUGGGCCAGCUCAGUCUUACAGGCAAUCCUCAGCGAGUCCAGUUUACCUCAGAGUGAAGUGGACAGGUUCAUCAGCUCAGAGCUGCCGGUGUUCUUUGAGCUUCGAGUACGCUACCUCUUAUCCUGUGAGCAGCGGGUCAGUGAGGCCGUGGCCUUGGCUAAGUGUUGUUCUUUGCAUCCCGCAGCAGGACAACACUCGUUCUUCCUCCAGGUCUACCUCACGUGGCUUCUCAAAACUUCACAGCAUGACCGCCUACACAGAGAGGUAGCAGACCUCAACAGUAAAGAUGCGAUUCACAUCAUCUGUAGUUUGGAGUGUGAGGAGAAGGAUGAGUUACUACUAUCGCUCUGUAGAGCUUUCCUCUCCCAGCAACUCCGCAGAGGAGACAUGUACUAUUUAUGUGAUCUUGUGUUUGUGUGGAGUAAACUUCAUAGUCGGUUGAAAACCUCCAAGCACUCGCUGCUUGAGGAGAGUCAUCAGCUGAUGCUGUCCGCGACCAAUGUCAACUCAAUCUUCCCGUUCAUCAGAGCCAUACUGCAAGAACUUGGUGAGGACGGUAUCCAGUUCUGCGUGGAGCUUUGUGCAAACGCCCUGCAGUCUUGUCUUCCGUGCGACGUCAUCACAAAGUCUCUAAUAUACAAAACCUUAGCUGGCCUGCUACCCAAUGACCUGGAGGUUUGCAGGGCGUGCGCUCUUCUUGUCUUCUUCCAUGAACGCUCUGUUGAGGCCUAUAAGAUGGUCUACCUUCUUUACAUGCAUCCUGAUCAGGAGUACCACGUGGACUCUAGCACCAUCAGAAAUCAUGUUCGCUUUGAAACCCUGCAGGUUUUGAAGAAGGAUCUGCAUUUUGACCCAGAGUUUUGGAACCUUAUCGCUUUACGGACCAACUGUUUAAAGCUGAUGAGUGAUAAAGUGGUCAGCGCUGCCCUUGAAGAAAUCAUGGAGGACAAAUGGAUCCUAAAGUAUUGCACCAAAGAUUCUGCUUUCAGAUCAGGCACAUCAGUGUGUCACAAAGGGUCGCUUCAGGCAGCGUCUAAGAAGCGGCACCACAAAGAAGAUACUGACGCAUCCAAGAGAUUAAAGAUGGGCGCUGGCAGAACACGUCUUAACAGAGACCACACUGUAAAGAAGAAGGGCAACCAAGGGUCUCGAUCUUUUCGAGAUGAGUCGUCUAAACCUUUGCGCCGUUCAUUUUGGCAGCUGGACAGACUACACGACAAUGGUGCUUUCGGGAGUGGUGAACUAAGGCGCACUACGCGACACUCAGAAAAGAACCCACCAAAACGCAGGAUUAGAAAACCAAGGUGGCUUCUGGAGGACUCAGGAACUCUUGAAGAGAAUAGUGUUCCUUCCAAGAUCAGAAAGCAUGGGUUGAAACAUCAAAAGCACCAGCAAUCCUCAAUCAUUAAGGGGACUGAAACUGAUCCGAUCAAGAACAAUGCAAAACACAAACCUUCAGUGAACUCUGAUCUACUGGCGAGGGAAAACAGCAACCACCAGAAAGGAAUAAGUCUGGACUGUGUUAUACCAGCCAACCCUCCACAAGUUAUUCUCGAGCUGUCAUUACCAGACAAUGAACUGAUGGGUACGUUUAAUGAAGAAACUUGUAACAGACAGAGGGGCUUCCCUCAAGUGCUCUUUUACAAACCUACUGUUAAACUUCCUGACGCACUGCAACCUAAGAUCAUACACGGGAAAGAAGUGAUCCUCAGAGCACGGGAUCCUGCUAUGUUCAUACAACAGCUGCACUGCUACGCUCGGCGGCAGAAAGGGAAAGGUAGCGGGUUGAACGUGCAAGGCUCAGUAUCAACAAUCACGCGCUCCUCUGUGCAAGGGAGUCCUUCAAAAGGUUCUCUGAGAAGGCGUUCUGAAAAAUCCACAGCUGAGACGAAAGGUGGAAUUGCUACUCGAACAAAAGUUAAAGAAACUUUACAAGCAGUCCCUCAAGCUCAAACUACAAAAGCAGUCUCGCGAAAGACGUCAACAGGCAGAGAGCUUUCUGAAAAGUCUUCUGUGAAUAUGAAAGACACCCAUGCGUUACGGACGUCAGCAGGAUCUGAAGUGAAACAAGCCCCUAACAAGUUAGAUAAAGUCCAGCAAGGUAAAACCAUAACUUCUGCAAGAGAGCUCUGUGAAGGGUCUGCUGUUGAGAUGAAAGUGACUAUUGCAUCACAAUCCCCAACAUCCCAAGGUUUAGAUAAAGUCUCCAAAGCUCACACGGUUAAAGACACUUCAGAAAGCACAACUUCAGCUGAGGUUUUACAGACUACAGCUACUGAUGACUGUCCAAACACUCGAGCUGCUGAUCGGACGCUUGAACUUGAGCUUUCUUCCUCUCAGGCUGAGAAUGACAAACUCUCAAACACUCCGGAGCGGCUCAAAAAUCUCAGCAACGGCAUUCCCGACAAAGAUGUGAUGGAUGUGUCACCGAAACUCUCAAAAGAACAUGUGCUUUGUGAAAGACCAGCAGACCAGGGCAGUUUAAAUGACAUAUCUGCUCUAACGUUGGUUACAGAAAUGGUUACUGAACUGGCACCAGAGAAAAUUGCUCGGGAUCUGGAGAAUCAGAAACCGCCAGCUCCAGAAGACACUGCCUCGAAGGAGUCCAAAGCUGGAGUUAAACCUAAAGUUCCUCACAAACCGCACACUACCUCCAGCGGCUCAGCACAAGGACUUGGGCCAUCUGAGUGCACAAAGGACAUAGAUCCAGAUGAAUCUGAAGAAAGUGAUGCUGUAGAAACAGAGGAGUCUAGGUUGGAGUAUUGUUGUACCUUCUGCAACAAGGUGUUUAAGGGGAGUCACGUUGUAUCACAUGCUAUGUUCCAUUAUCGUAAAGACGAGUGUAUGUUCUGUGGGACCAUUUUUAAAGAUGACCUCCUGGCCAUGAUGCACCUGUCUAAUCAUAUCGAGAAGCUUAAGAGGCUCAAAGAUACAUCCAAUAACAACACACGAGAAAACAGGGUCUCUGAAACCAAAGACCACUCCACACCUAGGAGCUCUGCCAAAGCCAAAACCACAAACAUUUCCCCUGGGCACAGUGGUACAGGAAGACUGAGGAGAUCUGACAUCUGUUCAAAAUCAAUAAGCGAUCCAGAUUCAACUCCAUCUGGAUCCAGAAGUUUAAGAUCCAAUGACAAGCCAGAAGAUGUUUCUUCUCGGCAAGAGAAGAAACAAAACGAGGGAAAGCACGUUAAAAGCAAAACUCCUGUACACAAGAUAAACGGGCAUAUUGGUGAAAAGAAAAAGCUUGGCAGACCGAGAAAGGUCAUCCCAGAGUCGCAAGCAAAGCAGGAUGUUUCUCAAGAAAGAACCAGUGAUGGAGCUGAGAGUCCAAGGUUGCAAGAGAAACGAGAUGUAGCGGUGGAUUCUACAACUUCAGCUAAGGAAGAGAAAAAAAUUAGCACUGAAGUUAAAAUGAAGGAGAAGAAAUCUCUGCAGGUUCAGAAAACUGUGACACAACAGGCGGUUACAGAGAAACAGUUGAAACCUCAAGAAAGUCUUGAGAAAGUUUGCUGCCCUAUGGAUGGUUGUGCUUGGUUCAGAGACCUGUCAAAAAAUCGUGUUGCACUUCUAUAUCAUGCCCUGGAGGAUCACUAUGGGGAAGUCAAACCUUUAAAAUUGGCGUUUCACGUUGGAAACGGCAAAUGUAGUGUUUGCAUGAGGGUUUUGUGGAGUUUUGAACACUUUCAGCACCACAUUGAAAGACACAGACUCACUCCUCGGUAUCCUUGCCCGCAUCAGGGUUGUCCUGCCAGGUUCAAAACUGGAAUGGAAAUGAGACGCCACGCAAGGAGGCACAGUCCGCUGCAGGCAGCGUGCUGCCUCCCUGGCUGCUCAAGACUAUUUAUUUGUCUCUGGGCACUUAAUCUUCAUGAGAGAGAGCACUAUGGUGCCAAUCCCACUAAAGCAGACAAGGACACAAAUGAGCAGCCGGGUGACAAAGCGCACAAGCCCAAAGAUGAACCAGCUGCCGUGACUCUGAAUGACACUGUAAGACUAAAAGCUGGUCAUAAAUUAAGAAGACAAACUGCACAUAAUCUGUCAACACGGACGCAUGUCAAAGCUCCUCCUCGGACCAGUGUCAGAGCAUCUUUGUCCAAACAGCAAAUAAAAGAGAGCAGUGAGACCAAUGAAUCACAGGCCCUGAAGAAUAUCUUGAACAAGGACACACCCGAAGAUCCCUCUGGCCCUAAUCUAAGAUUAAGGCAAAGGUUAAGGAAAGUAUCAUCCCUCGCAUCUCACAAAACUCACAAAGUCAUUUCAUCCUCGUUGUUCAAACACAAUAUCAAAGUGAGACACAAGUUGAAGAAAAAGCAAAUUAAAGUCAACACAAAAGGUCCAAAAAGAAGAGGACGGCCUCCCAAGUCAAAGACAGCUGUGCGUGAUGAAAACACAACCGCCGGUCCAAAAAAAGAAAGCGUAGAAGAACAAAGUGCUCCAGAGAAGCAUCAGAAGAGCGCUGAUCAUCUUACAAGCUCUACGCCAGCAGCAGAGACGUCCAAUGAGAGCACAGAGUUUAAAGCAGAAGAGAGUUCACAGGAAGACAAAACUACAGACGCAUCAGCAGAUGGAGCAAAGUGUAAGAAGUCGAUAAACAAGCAGAUCAAUGAAAAUCAUGUAAAACAAAAGAAGAUCCUCCAUAAAACCAGUUUAAAUCUGUCCACUGCCACCAGCUCAGCCAACAAAACACAGAAGUCAAAUGAUGACAAAGAGAAGAAAGUCCAUACAGCGAAGAAACGCUCGAAUCAGAACCAUAGUCAGACUGCCUCUUCAGACUCUACCAAGUCAAAAAAGCACAAGAACUCAAAUAAUGACACAAAAGAGGACGUUUGUCUUUUAAAAGAGCCAUUGAAAAAGCCUGCUGAGUCAUCAUCCGUCGUCCCACAAGUAGAAAGUUCUGCUAACGAGGAGGGAAAGAUAAAUGUGGAAGAGGCCAAAUCAACACAAACCAUCUCCGAUAACUCUGUGCCUGCUGUCCAAGCUAACAGUUUAACUGAUUUCACAGAAGCCCCCUCCACCUCAGGAGAGAAAACCCAGGAGGUAGCAACAGAAAGGUCAAAGAAAUUGCAGAGAUUAAAAGAAAUCAUGAAGAAAGAAAAGAAAAAUCGUACUACUUCUUCGGACUCAGGCAAGACACCCAAGAAGCAAAAAGAUGCAAAAACAAAGGGGGACAAGAAAUCAAAUAAGGAUAGACAGCCGAGGAAAGAUUCAAGAAAGACAUCCUCUGUGAGAAAGACAUCCAAGUCAAUAUCUGUAGAACAACCAGAGGAGGCUAAAGCAGCAGCAGAGAGAUCACCUCAUGCAGAAGAAAAAUCAAAUGUAAUCCUUGAAGGCUCCGGUUCCUCCGUCCCUGCAGCAUCAGAUAGCAGCUCGAAUGAAACAACGUCUCCAGCAGCUGUCAGUGAAGAGACGACGCAGGCGGCUGCAAAUACAGAAAACUCACAGAAGUCUCACGCUGUGAAAAAUUCAGACCCGAGCAAGGCUAAAAAGAAGGCCAAGGUUAUAGAUGGUAUCAAAAAAAUUGUUAAGAGGAAAAGCAAAGAUCCAUCAGCGCCUAAGAAGCUGAAAAAGUCAAAAACGAGUCAAGUCCAGGCACCUACUGAGGGCAACGCAGAGGGGACAGAGAAACCUGUAGGUCAGGAGGAAAAAGCAUCUGCAGAAACGCCACAAUCCGCAUUACUAAUCCCCGGGUACUCCAGAGUGACAAACGGACAAGAGGCACGCGAGGACGCUAAAGCCAUGCAGUUCAAGCAGACGCUCGCAGAGUACGGGAAGAAACCAUACAUGCGCGCUCCGCCUGAAGCCUACCUGGAUGAGCGGUACAUCACCAUGCCAAAACGGAGGAAGGAGAUGUCGCCGCCUCCGAGAAAUGUCUCUCUUGAGAAGGUGAAGGUCGCGGCGGCCGUUCAGAGGCAACGAUGUGCCGACUGCUUCGCUACGUUCAACAGCAACGGGGAGCUGCAGAGUCAUCUCCAGCUGCAGAAUUGCUCGAAACUGUUUGGAUUCGACUCUGACGACGAGGGCAACAGUUGAACAUCUAUUUGGACAUUUUGGAUGAGUGAUCUCCUGGUCCCGGAUCAGACCUUGAUGAUGGAUCAUACCUCAAAGGAUCAGACCUGUCUGGAUUAUUUAAAAACUCUUGUCAACAAGAACUGUGAGAAGUAAAAGGGAUCCCCCGUCUUCUGCCGCAGCAUGUGCCUGUAACGGGAGGCCCUGGAGCGGCCAGAACACAAAACCGACGGAUGAACGAGAAACUGAAGUGAACCGCAGUCAGACUGUUGGCAGAACAGUUCGUACUGAAGUGCCUGCUCUGGAACCGCCGUGCUGUUUCCAGCUACUUCACCUGGGAUGGAGAUUGUGGCUUUAAGGCGGGACUUUUUGAAAGCUGUGAAAAAAAAAAAACUGCUAAAUAACGAGGCUGCUCGUGCUUUCACUAGGAUACAUAUUUUCACAUCAGUAAGCCAUAUAACGCCAUUUUUAUUUGCUUUUUGCACUGUUUUCUCAUUCGAUUUCUUUCUGCUGAAACUAAAAACCACGAGUGUAUGAUGAUUGAAGCACCGGAAAGUCGUGCUUUUUUUAUUUUAGCUUCCUGAGGUGACACGAGAUUAAGACUAAACUAUGAAAAGUUGUAAAAUUGCUGUAUAAAAGAAUUCUUUGAGAGUUUUUUUUUUUUGUAUGAUUCUUGUAUAAAUACUAGUUGUAUUUCUUCAACAAAGCUCCCUAUGGGGUCGAUUAGGUCUGUGUCUGCCCUUAUCAUGAGUAACCAGUAGGGGGCAGUGCUGGCCACCUUUAUUAUGAUAACAGAUGUUUUUGGGUUUCUCUAGCAAAACAAAAACUGAUCAUAAAUUGCAUUUGUUUUUGCUUUAGAACAAUUUUAAAUCUGAAGCUGCUCUGCUGUAUUUAACUGUAGGGAAUCAUGCAACUGUGUUACUUCCAUUUUCACACUUCAAACUGUGUUUCCUUUAGCAAUAACAACCACAACAUGUGCCAGUUUCUGUCUAUUAAGCUGCUGGAUUCUCAGUCAUUCACUGUUAGUCUUGCAGCUCGGCUUGUAUUCUUUUAACCGCAGGUUUUUCAGUUUUACUUAAAGGUGAUAGAAACAUUGUGACAUUUUCUUUUAGGGUGAAUGUUCUCUCUGAUUAGUCCUCUGAAUUAUAAAGCUAUAAACAAGAUUAACGGGAGCGCAGCACCCUUUUCUUCUCAUGAGCAGCAGCAGGUUAUAUUUAUUUAUGUUUCAUUUUCUAUCUUUUGUAAAUAUUUGAAGAGUUACAACGGCUUAUAUUAAGGGGUGAAGGAGGCGGGGUUUAUAUUUUGUUCUGGAAGAAAAAAUUAAACAUUUAAAAGGA